AUGGCGGAGCAGCUCGCUAAACGCCUCAACGGCUUCGACCAGCCCACGGUUUGGCAUGAGUUCACGCCUCUGGCUCUGGAGCAUAAAGCUGUGAACUUGGGCCAGGGUUUCCCGGACUGGCGCUGCGAAGAUUUUGUCAAGCAGGCGGCCAAGGACGCGCUGGAUGCCGAUUUCAACCAGUACGCGCGACCACAGGGCCACAAAAAGCUCGUUGAGGUGUUGGCUAAAAAAUACUCGAAGGAAUUGAACCGCGAGAUCAACUGGACCAAUGAGAUUGCUGUUGGUGUUGGCGCCACGGAGACCAUCUACGCUGCUGUAAACUCUUUCGUGCAGCCUGGAGACGAGGUGGUCGUGUUUGAGCCAGCAUUCGAUAUCUACACCGCCCAGGUGCAGAUGGCCGGUGGUGUGUGCCGUUAUGUGCCGCUGCACGUGCGCACAUGCGACCAGACUGGUGCCAAGGAGUUUUACAUUGAUGAGCCCACGCUGGCGGCAGCGUUCUCGUCGAAAACGCGAGCGGUGCUGUUGAACAACCCACACAACCCGACGGGUAAAGUGUUCACGGAGGAAGAGCUGGAAAUCAUUGCCAAGUACGUCCGUCAGUACCCGCGCGUCAUCAUUAUUUCGGACGAAGUGUACGAACACAUUCUGUUCGAUGGCAAGAAGCAUGUGCGGAUCGCCAACAUUGACGGCAUGUGGGAGCGUACUCUGACGGUCUCGAGUGCAGGCAAGACGUUUUCCGUAACUGGAUGGAAGGUGGGUUGGGCCAUUGGCCCCAGCAAUUUGAUUAAGGGCAUCUACCUUGCAAACAACUGGAUCCAAUUCAGUGUGGCCACACCUUUUCAGGAGGCUGUCGCCAACAUGCUGGAGCUCGCCGAGAAACCGUACAAAGGAUUCCCGACUUUCUAUGCCUUCGUCGCCGACCAGUACAAGCAAAAGCGCGAUCGUCUCAGCCGCGCGUUGGCUGAUGUUGGUAUCAUCCCGAUCACGCCAGGCGGUGGCAUCUUCCUGUAUUCGGACAUUUCUGCCGUUAAAGUGCCCGAAAGCUUUAUUGAGCCGGGUAUGUCGUACGACUGGGCGUUCUGCCGCUGGCUUACCAUCACCAAGGGCGUAACGGCGAUUCCAACCUCUGCUUUCUUUUGCGCCGAAAACAAAUCAGAGGGCAGCCAGUGGGCACGUUUUGCGUACUGCAAGACUGACGAAGCCAUCGAAGAGGCCAUUAAGCGCCUCGUCAAGAUCCACGAGCCAUAG